CUGCCGCUCCGCUGCCCGCAAAAUUCGAGGCCGAGGCCUAAGGCCUCGAAUUUUGCGGGCAGCGGAGCGGCAGCGGGAGCGGCAGCGGGAGCGGCAGCGGGAGCGGCAGCGGUAGCGGCAGCGGGAGCUGCAGCGGGAGCGGCAGCGGGAGCGGCAGCGGGAACGGAAGCGGGAGCGGCAGCGGGAGCGGCUGCGGGGGCGGCAUCGGGAGCGGCAGCGGGAGCGGCAGCGGGGGCGGCAGCGGGAGCGGAAGCGGGAGCGGCAGCGGGAGCGGCAGCGGGAGCGGCAGCGGGAGCGGCAGCGGGAGCGGCAGCGGGAGCGGCAGCGGGAGCGGCAGCGGGAGCGGCAGCGGGAGCGGCAGCGGGAGCGGCAGCGGGAGCGGCAGCGGGAGCGGCAGCGGGAGCGGCAGCGGGAGCGGCAGCGGGAGCGGCAGCGGGAGCGGCAGCGGGAGCGGCAGCGGGAGCGGCAGCGGGAGCGGCAGCGGGAGCGGCAGCGGGAGCGGCAGCGGGAGCGGCAGGAUCUUACGCGUAUAAUCAAAUGGACCGACCCUCGAAUACAGCGGUGCCCGCUGCCCGCUAG